CCAAUCCAAUCCAACCACACCAGUCACAACCACACACCGCAAUCAUGUUGGCAUGGGCGUCGGACCAGAUCGAAAAGAUAAGCCAGACGGUGGCGCCCCCUCCCACCGACGCCGCCGGUAGGUUCAGCUAUGCCGUCUCCAGAAACGACGAAAACUCCGCCAUGGGUUGCAUCGCGGCAAUCGAUCCGAUCCAGACGGUGGUCAACCAGAGCAAGGGAUGGUUCCCCAUCCACAUGGCCUGCCAAUACAGCAUGGUCCGCCUGGUACGGCUGCUGAUGAACCAGCCCGGCUUGAGCAUCCAGCAGCCGGACUACUCGGGCUGCACACCCCUCCACCACGCCUGCAUGUCCACGCAGCGAUCCACGGCGCUCGAGGUCGUCAAGAUGCUGAUCACCGAGUACCAGGCCGAUCCGUGCGCGAAGAACUCGCAGGGGCAAACCCCCUACGACCUCGCGACGCUGGAUUCCAUCCGCCAGUACCUCCUGCCGAUCCAGCUGCAGCGAGAAACCCAGCACGCCCUCGACAACGGCGGCGUGGGGCUCGCCCCGGGCAUCGACCUAGGCGGGCUGAAGAUCAACCGCUCCAACAUGGCCCCGCCGCCGCAGUUUGGGGGCGCGGGUUUGGCCGCGGCCCCGGUGGUGCAGUCCCAGACCCCCGGGCCUGCCUACGCGGCAACCCCCACGCCGUCGGCCCACCCCGCUCCGGCCCCGGCCAGCGUCCCGAGCCGCAGGAGCAGCACCAGGUCGACCUCUAGCGACGAAAACUCGCGGUAUUCCCGCACCGGUGGCUCCAGCCUGGCCGUCUAUUCCAAAUACAAGGCCGACGGCUUCCACUCGAGCUCCUCCGACGUCAACCUGCAGCGCAAAUACGGGCACGCGGGAGCGAACGAGUCGUCGUCCGUCGAACCGCCCCCGAAUUCCGGAAACGCCCCCUCGAGCGGAAACCUGGGUCCGAAUCCCUUUUCCGGGGCCAUGAGCCUCUCCGGGACCUCGCGAUAUGCCUCCUACGGGCAGACAGCAGCGGCGGCACCCGCGCCGGCCUCGGGGCCGGCGUACGGGUACGUCCACCCCGGUGCCGGAACGACGGAAGCUCCCAAGUUCUUCAUCCCGGGAGCGGCGGCGGCACCCACACCGGCGGCGUCCGAGGUCGCCUCGUCGUUCAUGCCGCCGCCUCCCUACUCGGGGGUGAAGGUGGAGGCACCGGCGGCCAGCCCGACCGCCGGUGCAUCGCCGGCUGUCGCUUCGCCUUUUGCCACACCGGGGCCCGCUGCGAACAACCUCUUCGAUAGCCCACCGGGUGCCGCAGCUCCCACCCUGGAAUCGGAAGAACCGAAAGGAGAACCGCAGCCACAACAACAAUCCGCGAUUCCGACGGAGGCCGAAAGCGGUGCGGAUGCAGCCGAGAGCGACUGGGUGGAAACCACCGAUCCCGCCUCCGGACAAACGUACUACUUUAACACCAAGACGAACGAAACGAGCUGGGACAAUCCCAAUGCGGCCACGACAGCGACGGAACAAGAAAGCACCGGCGACAGCGAUUGGGCCGAGCUCGUGGAUCCAUCCUCCGGACAAACGUACUACUACAACGAGAAAACGGGCGAAACGUCCUGGGAGAAGCCGGCCACUAGUAAUGGCGAGAACACUGGUGCUGCUACCGACGCUACUCGGGACAUGGAACCUAGCCAAUGGGUCGAGGCAACCGAUCCUGGCUCUGGAAACACCUACUACUACAACUCCACUACGGGAGAAACAAGCUGGGAGAAACCCGCAGAAUUGAAUGCAGAACCAGAGUCUCCAGGCAAAGAAAAUGCACAAGGAGACAAUGCUGGUAGCGUUACUGAUCCUGUAGAGGAACCCAAGGAAGAGGAACCUUCCCCUGCAGUGGAUGCUCCAAGUGACCCAGUUAAGGAGGAAGCUGAUGCAACAGCCGAAGGUGCAGAAUCACCCUGGUCUGAGGCAACGGAUCCCAAUACUGGAAAUACCUAUUACUAUAACUCGGUGACUGGGGAAACAAGCUGGGAGAAACCUGUAGAAAUGAAGGCAGAACAGGAGUCGCAAAGCACAACCGUUGAUGAUACGACACCACCCGAAGAAACUGAAGGAGACGAUGCUGGAACUGCCACUGAUCCUGCUGAGGAACCCAAGGAAGAGGAAUCUGCCCCUGAGGUGGAUCCGCCAAGUGAACCAGUCAAGGAGGAAGCCAAUACUCCUCAUGAAGAAGAAACCAAAGCUACAAAGGAGGAAGUUGUUGCAAACGAAGCAGGUACAAGAUCACCGUGGUCCGAGGCAGCUGAUCCCAGCACUGGAAAGACCUAUUACUAUAACUCUGUAACUGGGGAAACAAGCUGGGAGAAACCCGCAGAAUUGAAUGCAGAACAGGAGUCUCCAAGCACUGAAGAUACACCAGGAGACAAUGCUGCAAGUGUCACUGAUCCUGUUGAGGAACCCAAGGAAGAGGAAACUUCUCCCGAGGUGGACACUCCAAGUGACCCAGUCAAGGAGGAAGCUGAUGCAACUCCAGAGAACAAAACCGAAGCUACAGAAGAGGAAGUUUCGGCAAAGGUAGAGGGUACAAAAUCACCAUGGUCCGAGGCAGCUGAUCCCAGCACUGGAAAGACCUAUUACUAUAACUCGGUGACUGGGGAAACAAGCUGGGAGAAACCGGCUGAGUUUGAAGACGAGAAAGCACCUGUGAUCCCUGAUACCGCAACGGCUGAGGAGACAACGGCAAACAAUGCAGGCGCAAACAAUCCUGUGGAAGAAGCAACGGAAGAGAAGAAAACCGAGGAGGAAACUUCCCCUGAGGUGGACACUCCAAGUGACACAGUUAAGGAGGAAGCUGAUGCAACUCCAGAGAACAAAACCGAAGCUACAGAAGAGGAAGUUUCUGCCAAGGAAGUAGCUACAGAAUCACCAUGGUCCGAGGCAGCUGAUCCCAGCACUGGAAAGACCUAUUACUAUAACUCGGUGACUGGGGAAACAAGCUGGGAAAAGCCCGCUGAGUUGUCAUUAGCCGCUGACACCACAACACCAGAGGAAGCUGAAGCAAAUGAAACAGCAACUUCUUCUCAUCCUGUGGACGAAGUGACGGAGGAGAAACCAAAUGCUGAGGUCGAAAAAUCUCAGGAGGAACCGAAAUCGGAUGGAGCAGGUGACCUAGCCCAAGGGUGGCAAGAAGUUCAAGAUCCGAAUACCGGCAAAUGCUACUACUUCAAUCAAGAAACGCAGGAAACCACCUGGGAAAAGCCAACCGUUUCGAGCACUGAAGUAUCAGGAACAGACGAUGCCCCAUCGUCGUCGGACGAACAAAACGACUGGGUGGAAACGCUGGAUCCUUCCAGUGGAAAGAGUUAUUACUACAAUACAAAGACAUGUGAGACGACUUGGGAAAAAACAGAAGUUUUGAGUGGGCAAAAAGACUCGGCUUCCGCAACAACCGAUGACGCUACUGGAGUAGCCAAUGCUAGCCCCGUCGAGGACACAUCAGCACCACCCGCUGUAGAGAACAGCGCAGAUUCCGUAGAAUCAAGUGGAGUUCAAGCGAACACAAGCCCCUUUGGGAAAGGUCACGUUCGCGAUCAAAGCGCAGAAGACAUUUUUGCUAGUCCACCAGUAAGCGAUGGGCCACCGGCAUCGUUUCCAGUUGCCGCACCGGGUCAAGAACCGACUGUUUCGGAAAGCGUGGCCACCACCGCCCAAGAUCUAUUUGGUGCGGGACCCGCUACCACCGAAGCUUCGGAACCCGCUAAAACCACCACCGAGGAAGAAAAUCUUCCGAAACCGCCGUUGUCUUCGGAGUGUGCCGAAGACACGAGCGAGAUGGAAGAUGGAGAAAUGACAGACAUUCCUUUGUCUCCCGAACCGGUCAUGCUGAACAAGGCCGCAAAAAAACUACCCGAUAUUCCGGACAUUCCGAGCAAGACCGAGGCCCCCGCUGCCACUGAACCUGUUGCUGCUCCAACGAACGACUUGUUUGCGGCCAUCGGAAUGCCACCUCCACCCUUUCAAAGCAGAAGGUAACAAUUAGGAAAUAGCUAGAGAUUCUUUUAGUCGACGAUUUAGGACUACAA